AUGUCUGACAGCGAGGACAGCGGAUUUGUGCUCGUAGAUCCAGACGAUGCAUCUGUUGGCCCUAUUUCCAAAUCAGCCGAAGACAUUGCGAACCUCCGGGACUGGCUGUAUCCGACUGCUUAUCCCAGAGAUACGAGCGAGUUCAAGAAGCAUUUAAACUCGCACGUUUCUGGUACUGGAGAAUGGAUUUAUCAGACUCCCCAGUUCCGGCAGUGGCUCGACUCCUCGACUAACAGCGCCUUGUGGAUCAAGGCUGUGGCAGGGGCAGGAAAAAGCGUACUAACUGCUCGGCUGGUUUUUUGCGUACAAGAAGAAAGCAAUUCGCCCGUUCUUUUCUUCUUCUGCCGCCAAAUCGUCUCUGCGAACCACGAUCCGCAUGCUUUGGUGCGAGACUGGAUGGCACAACUUCUCGAUUACUCUCCUCAUCUUCAAGCGUGGGUAGAGGGGCUCAAGAAAGAGUAUCGUCGAGUACAUGAUAUUGGAUUUACGGAGCUGUGGCAUGCUCUUCUCGAUAUCCUUCACCUGCUCAAGAAGGUGUUCUGCGUCGUCGAUGCGCUCGACGAACUAGACAGUGACCAUGCAGACGAAUUCUUGCAGCAUCUAGUAGCCCUUGGGAAGCAAGAAACUGGUCAUAUAAAGUUACUGAUGACCAGCCGUCCGCUCCCUCAAAUUCAAAAGUUGUUGAACACUCCAACACUGCAGGUCAGGCUGGAAGAUCGACAUGUCAAUCGGGAUAUCGCCCUGUUCGUCGAUCACUGCCUCCAAGACGCAGUCCAUUUAAGCGAGUCGGUACGGGACAGAAUCAAAGGAUCAAUCGAGGAUCGCGUGCAUCCGUCUUUUCUCCACGCCCGUCUUCUGAUCGACGAACUCUUGGACGACCACCGAGGCAACACGCUGGAGGUUGAAUCGGUCAACCGAACCCUGCUCGCGUUGCCAGAUAGUCUUGAGGAUAUGUACUCGCAAAUGUUGCACGGUCAUUCCCGAUUGGCAAGGGUCCCCCGACAGCGGCAAUUGUUGGUUCUCCAACUGAUAACCCACGCUACCAAACCGUUGAGACUUCUGGAAGUGGCAACGGUCCUAGCCUUUCUGGACAUGAGUACUAACAAGGAAAAACACGGGGAUGCAAAGAACCUCACACGCAUGUCCUGUGGACCUCUACUCGAGAUUCUGGAAGAUGAAACUGUCGCCAUCAUCCUCAUUCCUACGAGCUAUCUCGCCGACGCCUUUCCGGUCAUUGAUCCCGAGGAAACCAACAGUCUCUUGGCCGCCGUUUGUCUCAAGUACCUUCUUUGCGGCUGCCUUGCCUCCUAUCGCGUUCGAAAACGGACUACUCAGGCCUUCACUGACCCGGUUCCUCUCCGGAGCUAUCUCGACCAUCCUUUUCUAGAGUACGCUCUCGGAAACUGGCAUGUCCAUGUCCGUCGCCUGUCCAAGAUAAACGGCGAGCUCCUUGACACACUCAACGACUUCAUGAGAACAGACAAUCCAGCUUAUCUGGCUUGGAUGGAGAAGGUCAUCAAUCCCGAGUAUGCAGUGGAGUCCAUCACACCACUCCAUGCCGUCUCCUGGACUGGUCUCACCAACUACGCUCGAUUGCUUCUUCAGGACAGCCAUAACUGCAACGCCCUAGACAAACGGUUGAGGACUCGAUUGAGCUAUGCCGCCACCAAGGGAUUCCUCGAGCUGGUGACUCUCCUGCUGCAGCAUGGGGCCGAGCCGGACGACCCGUGUCUGCAUGGCAACAAACCGCUCCACUAUGCGACAGCACGAUUUCAUCCGGGUUCUGCUCCAAGCUGGCGUCAGUCCCAUGACCGGCAAGACGUACGACCACCCACCGCCAAAGAGACGGAUUUUUCGGCCGUCAUGGCAGACUUGUGUGAGAUGGUCGAGUUUCUCCUCAACGUCUCCGGCAUCGACCUGGCCACAAAGUUCGGAUGGCGAUGCCUCCUUUCUGCCACGAACAGACGGGAUUACGACAUGAUGCGGUUACUUCUAGACCGAGGCGCGCACCGUGACACGUCAUUUCCUGCCUCUCAUCUUCUGCUGACAUUCUGCCAGCCUUGCACGGCAGCUGAUACUCCACGCCGGCGGAAGAAUAGGAAGCAGCGAAUACAGGAUUGCUUUGAUCUAGUCCUCCAAACAGAAUGCGAUGUGAACUAUCAGAAUGGUGGCGGCUGGACGGCGUUGCACUACUUUGUCGAAAGUAAUUCUCCCCUCGUCGAGAGGAUUUUGCAGCUUGGAGCAGACGUACACGCCACAGACGACAUGGGAAACACGCCGCUGCAUUUAUUCCGGCCCUCCAAGGCCUCUGUGCGGACCUUGGAAGCUUUGAUGCGGUACGGAGCACGCUGGGAUGUCAUUCGGGCCAAGGACGGCAAGAUGCCGUUACAUACUUGCUUGGAAGGGUUCCACGCGGACUGUCUCGAUGUCCUCAAGCUAUAUGUUCAAGACUGA